CUCUUACUGGGCUUUGCUAGGGUUAGUGUUAGUGAGGUCUUGCUGGGCACCUCUGCAUGGCAUGAUGCUCCCUUCUUAAAUUGCAUUGGUCUCUGUCUGAGCCCUGCUUUUUCUUCUUCUCCUCUUCCACAUUCUUCCAUCCCACAGACCACUUGUUGCUCCGUUCAGCGUGCACCGACUCUUCUUCUUCUUUUCCUCCCAGUCAAGUCUCUUACUCUCGACUGCCGCAAGGUAACCCGAGAGUAGAGACACUUCAACUCCGGCAAUCUGGACUUUGACGCCCGAGUCCCCAUCCCCGUCAGUGUCUUCCCGUCUACGUACAGGAGUGACGCACAAGCUUCUACAGAAACCACCGUCACCAAGGUAGAAGCCGACUUUCAACAACCCUCGCGCGUCGGACGGGAAGAUACUCGAUUCUCUCGGGAAGAGGUUGACAUCACUACCAGAGAAUCUAACCGUCCACGCCGCGAGCACACUACUCAACGAGAAGACCUCCGUAUCUACGAAGAGCGUGACCGAAGACAUCCUGAGAUCGAACUCACCCGAGAAAAGUACCGCGGACCCGCCGAAUAUACCCGCAACGCCAACGUCGAUCUAGACAUCGACCGCCGCGACACUCGAGACCACAUCGAAGUCGACGUCGACCGCCACCAGCACCAAACAUACGACAGCCGCGCUUUUGAGACACAACUCGACAUCACCGAACGAGACUACCGCCGCCGCCUCGAUCCAAAUUACGACAUUGAAUACGAGCGUCGUCGGCCCCUGCAAGCAGACGCAGACAUCACCAUCCAAAAGGAACAAGUCACAACCGAGACACGAGACAAGAUGGGUUACUACGACGAUGAAGGACAAUACCACUCGUUCCGCCGCGGCGUCGAGCGUGCUGCAGACCGCGUCCUGCACCCAUUCUCGCACGGCCACCAUGGCGACCGAGUCGAGCGAGACGAAGUGGUGAUUACCGAGCGCGACAGCGGCUCCAGUGGUGCAGGGCCAGUGCGUGUGCGUGAUGGCGCGAUCGAGCAGGUCCGCUACGUGGAGCCACGGUUCGGCAGCAAGGGCGUGCCCAUCCAGUGCCAUUUCAUCCGCGUUGGGGACAUCUUGCUGCUCCAGGGCCGACCGUCGCAGGUCAUUCGUAUCAGCAUGAGCAGCCAGACAGGUCAGUACAGAUACCUCGGUGUCGACCUCUUCACGAGGCAAUUGCAUGAGGAGAGCAGUUUCAUCAGCAACCCAGCGCCAAGUGUGGUUGUCCAGACGAUGCUGGGACCGGUGUUCAAGCAGUACCGCGUCCUGGACAUCAGGGAGGAUGGACUGAUUGUUGCGAUGACGGAGACGGGCGAUGUCAAGCAGGGACUGCCUGUGGUUGAUCAGGGAGGAUUGUUCAGACGGAUUGAGCGUGCAUUUGGAGAGGGUAGAGGCAGUGUGAGAGUCUUGGUCAUCAAUGACGGUGGGCGGGAGAUCGUGGUGGAUAUGAAGAUCAUUCAUGGUAGCAGACUGUAGAUGGCUUGAAGGAGACCAGAGUUGUUCAAAGGGUGGUGGAUGGCAUGGCUGAUCCGAAGGAGUGUGGUAGAGUAGGUGGUAAUAAACAUGUAGGAUGGGAUGGGAUGGUGUUGGUUACACUCAGAUAUGCAUUUCCUCACUAUUCACGCAGGCUCUACUCCGUAUUGAAUGUGUAUUUGCGGGCCUUUAUGACAAAGUCUUGCCCAUGAUUUUCCUUGAAGGUUAGUGGUGGUUCGGAAAAUCCCC